AUGGCUGCCGAUCCUCUUACACGCACAACUGUGGACGAGUUGAUGCUCGAAGACGCUGCCUUUGACACAGAUGACGAUCCUUUUGCAGACAGACCAAGUCGGAAUACAGAACGUGACGACAAGACUACUUUGAGUCCUCGCAAACGCAAAGCAGAAGAGGAUGUCUUUGGAGGAAACAUUGACGAGGAAGUCAAGAUCACAAGACAGAGAAAGAAGAUUCCAAAGCUUGAUGCGGACAGGCUGCUAUCAGAGCCAGGUCUUCCAAAGCUGAAGACUCAAAUACGUUCCGGACAAAUGAAGAGGAAGUUGAGGCUGAAAGGCAAGGGUCAUGAAUUCGACGACGUUGCUAAGCUCCUGAACUUCUACCAGAAUUGGCUCGAUGGUUUAUAUCCUCGAGCAAAAUUUGCAGAUGCUUUACAACUCGUCGAAAGAGCUGGUCACACGAAAAAAUUGCAAAUGUACAGAAAAUCAUGGAUAGAUGAGAGUAAGCCUGGACACAUCAUGAGAGAAGAUAUGGCAAAAGCUGUGGAUGAACAGGAUCGCAGUGAAAGAAGUGCUCUUGAAGCGCAACAGCUAGACACAAGGGAGGUGUCUGGGCAGUCGAUUGAGGAGGAGCAAAUAUCAAUGUUCUUCGGCGAUGCUGGUGAAGAUGAUAUAGAGCCUGGCGGCCCAGACGAUGACGAGCUUGACAUGUUGCUUGCUCAGGAUCAACAACCUAAUCAUGUACAGUCCAAAAGGGUCACGGAAAACGUAGAUUCGGAAGGCGAAGAUGAUCUGGAUGCACUAUUGGCACAAGAAGCUUCGCGAAAACCAACUUCAUCAAAUAAUGCCGAGAAGCAGACAGAAGAAGAAGAUGAUGACGACGACGACGACGACCUCUCCGCAUUACUCUCCGCACACUCACAUAACGGUGGAGUAGAGCCUGUCUCUCACAAGCAACAUAUCGAUGUCCAGGAAGACUCUCUUGACAAUGGUACGGACGAGCUUGAUAAGCUGAUUGACAAUCAGACUGGUUCACCGGAACCUGACUUGCCAGGUAUCUCGGUCACACGAACGACCUCAAGUGUAAAUGAGCUGGACGAGUUUACAAAUAGAGAUGAUGUGAAGAUCAACCAGCAACACGACGAUAGUACUCUGGCAGAAGGAUUCUUUUCUUCCAGUCCAAUACCAAAUGGUGAAAGUCAAUAA